AUGAUGCAAAGAGUUGAGGAGGACGAGGAGGAUAUUGAUACUAUAAAAAGUAGAGAGGCCCGAAGGUGGAACGACACGUGGGAACCUAACCUAAGAAAAUAUAAGUUUUGGAAAUACCCUGGACUUGAAGUGAAGUUAUCGUCCGAUGAACCAAUAGACUGUUUCCACCUAUUUCUUAUAAAGGACCUGCUUCAAAUUAUAGUGGCUGAAACAAACCUAUACGUGAGAAAAUUGAUAUUAAGCUAUCGGAAAAAGAAUAAGAAAACAAGAUUAUCCAAGUGGAAGCCUCUGACACUUAAAAUAUUGAAAACUUUUCUAGGCUUGUGGAUCCACAUGAACCAUAUUCGCGUAAACCGAUUGAAAAAUUAUUGGAAAACCGAACUUUUGUACAAUUUCCCUUGUUUCAAAGAAUAUAUGAGCAAAAGUCGCUACAUGAUGAUCUUGAAGUGCUUACAGUUUUCUAAUUACCCUCAAAAAUGGGACCGUUUGUCAAAAAUCAGAUGGUUUCAAGAAUAUUUCGACCAAAGAAUCGGUGAUAUUUACUACCCACACAAAGAACAAACCUUGAAUGAAUCGUUCGUGCUGCCGAAAGGCAAACAUCAGUCAAAACGCAUAUCGAACCUUGUAUUUUACCUUACGAAUAAUUACACCGACACGGGACAUUCUUUGUACAUGACCGAUUGUUACAAAAGUAUUGCUCCGUGCGAAGAGCUCUAUCAGAAUCGAAUAUACGUUACUGGAACCCUGAAAUGGAACAGUAGCGGAAAUCCACCUGAAGUAACUUGUAAAAAGCUUGCAAAAGGUGAAGCUGUAGUAAAAUAUAAUAGUCCAGGAAUUGCGAAUGUAAAGUGGCGUGACAAAAAAGAGGUUUUAUUCAUUUCCACCGAGUUCAAAGGUCAAAUGAUGAAAGCGAGAGUCAAACAAGAUGGCACUAGAACCCCGAAACCUAUCUUAAAAUACAACGAAAUCAUGGCAGCAGCCGAUUGGCAAAACGAAAUGCUCGCCUAUUAUAUGUGCGAGAAAAGAACCGGUAGGUGGUACAAAAAGAUCGGAAAUCACAUUAUAUCGAUCAUGCUUCUAAACGGCUAUUAUCUCUACAACGAAUAUUCCACCAAGAAGAAAAAGAUAUCUUAUGACGGUUACCGGCAUAAUAUUACAAAGAUUCUUUUGAGCCAAGUGGAGAGACGAAUUGCGGAACGUCCUGAAACAGAUUCUGCAAAUCCGGUUAGACAUUUGCCUGAAAGAACUCCGGUUAAUGAGAAUGGACGCCAAUCGCGAAGACAAUGCAAAGUCUGCUACAAAAAGAAGCAAAACCAUAAAUUUAUUCCUUUUUAUUGUCCAUCUUGCCCAGAAAAACCAGCAAUAUGUCCCGGAAAAUGUUUCAAAACAUGUUAUAAACAUGUUAAAACGUAA